AUGUAUUCAGACGCUCGAGACCGCGAACGUGAGGCGUGGGCUGCCGCUCGGAAACAAAUGCGCAGUCAGGCAUUCAGGUACGACGUGCUGGAUGAACUAGCAGCGUUUCAGCAACUGCAGGCCAAGUACACGACGUUCUUGGUGCUCCACAGCAUCACAGAGACGGAGAUGGUGCGCCUCAUUCACCAGACUCAGAUCGAGGCCUACGCCGCUGAGUCUGCUGCCACGAAUCAAUUAUCACACCGCAAUAGCAUCCAGGAUGUAGUAGGGGGCCGUCGCAAGAGCCUACUGCCUGGAGUAGUGACCAACACGUAA